GAACUUUAUUCCAGAACUUUAUUCCAGAACUUUAUUCCAGAACUUUAUUCCAGAACAAAACCACCGGUUUAUUACUCGCGCUCUCUCGCUCGCUCGGCCCCGUCUCUGAGAAACCAUGGCGGUAAACUUAAGUAAAAUUGUCGUGAAGGUAAAACUGAGUGACGCGAGGAGGAAGUCUAACUGUGUGAAAGAUGUAGAGAAAAUGCAGGAGAAGAGAGAGAGGCGGCGACUGCAGCAGCAAGAGCUAAGGGAGAAGAGAGCACAGGAGGUGGACAUGACAGGCCCCAACUAUGAAAUAAUGCAGAUGAUCAGAGAUUUUAGGGCAAGCCUGGAUUACAGACCACUAACCACAGCGGAUUUGAUUGAAGAGCACCGAAUAUGUGUUUGUGUGAGGAAGCGCCCUCUUAACAAAAAAGAACUCACUGCAAAGGAGCUGGAUGUGCUCACCAUCCCCAGUAAAGAUGUCGUCUUGGUCCAUGAGCCUAAGCAGAAAGUGGACCUCACCCGAUACCUAGAGAAUCAAACCUUUCGCUUUGAUUAUGCCUUUGACGACAGUACAUCAAAUGAAAUGGUUUACAGAUUUACAGCAAGACCUUUAGUGGAAACGAUCUUUGACAGAGGAAUGGCUACGUGCUUUGCGUACGGCCAAACCGGAAGUGGGAAAACGCACACCAUGGGUGGAGAUUUUUCUGGAAAGAACCAGGAUUGCUCAAAAGGAAUCUAUGCAUUAGCUGCUCGUGAUGUUUUCCUUAUGCUGAAGAAACCCAACUACAAGAAUUUGGAUCUUCAAGUCUAUGCAACCUUCUUUGAAAUUUACAGUGGAAAGGUGUUUGACUUGCUGAACCAUAAAACAAAGCUGCGUGUAAUGGAGGAUGGGAAACAGCAGGUGCAAGUGGUUGGGCUGCAGGAGAAAGAGGUCAGAUGCACUGAAGAUGUCCUCAAGCUCAUUGAGGUCGGAAACAGCUGCAGAACUUCAGGACAGACUUCUGCCAACGCUCACUCGUCCCGAAGCCACGCUGUCUUCCAGAUUAUUCUGCGCAGGAAGGGGAAGAUGCAUGGCAAGUUUUCAUUGAUUGACCUGGCAGGGAACGAGCGUGGCGCUGAUACAUCCAGUGCUGACCGCCGGACACGGCUGGAGGGAGCAGGGAUCAACAAGAGCCUACUUGCACUGAAGGAGUGUAUUAGAGCCCUGGGGCAGAACAAACCGCACACGCCGUUCAGAGCCAGCAAACUUACGCAAGUGCUCAGAGACUCGUUCAUCGGCGAGAACUCGAAGACGUGCAUGAUUGCCACCAUUUCUCCUGGAAUGGCUUCCUGUAAAAACACUCUGAACACACUACGAUAUGCCAACAGAGUGAAGGAGCUGACCGUGGACCCGAACACCAUGGCUGAAGGGGUACGACCCAACAUCAAUGCCAUCACCCAGUUGGACAUCAUCAUGGAGGAGGAGUGGGAGCUGAGUAGCUCCUCUCAGAGAGAUGACCUCAAGCUGCUCUGUGAACAGAAUGAAGAGGAAGUGUCUCCUCAGCUCUUCACCUUCCAUGAGGUGGUGUCCCAACUGGUGGAGAUGGAGGAGCAGGUACUGGAGGACCACCGAGCAGUGUUUCAGGAGUCAAUUAGAUGGCUGGAGGAUGAGAAGGUUCUGCUGGCGAUGACUGAGGAGGUGGAUUAUGAUGUAGACUCCUACUCUUCCCAGCUUGAGCACAUACUGGACCAGAAGAUCGACGUCCUGAUUGAGCUCAGAGAUAAAGUGAGGUCGUUCCGCUCAGCCCUGCAGAAAGAGGAACAAGCCAGUAAGCAGAUCAAUCCCAAGAGGCCUCGGGCUUUGUAGACUGGGAUAAGGCUGCACAAUUAUGGCCAAAUUGAUAAUCCCGAUUAUGUUGAUCAAUAUUGAGAUCUCGAUUAUUUAUCACGAUUAUUCAUUGAUUUUAGUGACAACAUAUUUUUAUUGCACUUUCACAUUUAAAUAAACAGACCGCUGCUUUCA